UGUGUGUGGUGGGGGUAAUAUGUGUGCUGCCUGUGAAAAGAUAAAAGGGCAUGUGAAAGCCUUAUUAAGCAGACACUCCUGAUUGACCGGACCUCAGCCGACAGACAGACAGAGCUUCACAGUGUGGAUAAAAGAAGAAGGAAAAACAAACGCCAAGAUGUGUUGCUCCGGCUUUCUCAAGAUCAUGAUGGUUAUCUUCAAUGGCGGCAUCUUUUUGGCAGGUGCAUGCAUCCUGGGUGUGGGAGUGUGGGUGAAGGUGGACAGUGGUUCUCUGCUGGGUUUACUGGGUAAUGUGGAGGACUCGCCUGGGUUGUCCCAGCUGGUCAACGCCGCCUACCUGCUCAUCGGAGUGGGCGCCGUGCUGCUGGUCAUUGGCUUCCUUGGAUGCUGCGGAGCUGUCAGGGAGAGCAGGUGUAUGCUGCUGACGUUCUUCAGCAUUGUGCUGAUUAUCUUCCUCAUCGAGGUAGCGGCAGCUGUGGUGCUGCUCGUCUUCCAGGGUUUGGUUCAGAAGGUUCUUGGGCUUCUGGAGGUUGAAGUUAAAACAAGAAUUAAAGACAACUAUGGAAACAAUACCGAGUUCACCAAACUCUGGAACGUCACCAUGGAGGAGUUUAAUUGCUGCGGAUACAAGAACUACACAGAUUUCGAUGGCUCCUCUUUUCAGAAAGAGCUCGGAGAAGAUCUCUAUCCAGUCACAUGUUGCAACGAAACCAUCGGCCGGUGCAGUACAGACAAAGCGUAUUAUUCGGGAAUUGAUGGCUGCUUGAUGAGACUUGUGGAUCUGAUAGAGGAAAACCUUGUCAUCAUCGGAGCCGUGGCUCUAGGAAUCGCUGCUCUUGAGGUUGCUGCCAUGGUGGUAUCAAUGGUCCUCUACAAGAAUAUUGGCAACAAGGCGUGAUAUUUCCUGUUUGUGAUGAGAGAACGACAUUCUAAUAGGUGGAGAAAUCGUACUUGUAGGCCUUAGUUUCAGAACUAUACCUGUACACAUUUAUACUCUGAUUUAUUUAUGUUUUAAGACGCAAACUGUCACGACCCAAAAACAGGACCCAAGAGCACGACUCCAAAAUUCAGGGCAAUCAAAAGGGUUUAUUUAAACAUAGGAAGUCCCCAAAAAUUCCAAAUGAAACAAAGUACAACUUAAAGUUGCUGCUGAGCAGGAAACUAAGAUGGGGUUUAGAAAAUCAGAAAAUCACAGCUAUGCUGGAAAAAGACUUGAUCAAAGUACAAAACAAAAUCACAACUAUGCUGGAACUGCAAACCAGGACAAAAGACUACACUAACAUGAAGGGUUAUUUGGGAGUUUUUCCUGAUCCGAUGUGAGGUUUUGGGGCAGGGAUGUCUAUGUGUACAGAUUGUAAAGCACUCCGAGACAAAUUUGUAAUUUGUGAAAUUGGGCUAUACAAAUAAAUUGAAUUGAAUUGAAUCAGGACGAGACUUGAGACAAGACGAUCCGACACAAGACACAGGUAGACACAGGCUUAAAAUACAUGAGGAAAUGGGGAACAGGUGAACACAAGGUGGAGCAGACAAUCACACUAACGAGGAAACACCGGGGCAGGAAAUAAAGUUUCUGAAACGAGAGAGGACAGUUAGUACAAAAUAAAAGCGGACAUGGAAAACAGGACUAAAACCUAAAACUUAACAUAACUGACGAGACAUGACACAAACACUGUAUGUGCUGAGACAUUAGUAAUAUGCAAUGCACAGGGUAGAAAUAAGUUGUUUAUGUCUCUCACACUCAUUGUAAGUUGUAAUAUAAUGAAUUAAUUUUUGUAUGUUUGAUCAAAUUGAAAUAAUAAAUUACAGAAUAUCACCUUUUAUUUACA